AUGUCCGACGAUUGUAAAACGCUUUGUAACUGUACCUUCUACCAUAUAUAUGGUAAAAACACAACUCUGAUUGAUUUCUCUUUCCACUCUCCUGAAGUUAUAACACUCUGCAUAUUCUACUGUCUCCUGUUCAUAUGUGCACUAGCUGGAAACAUAAUGUUCUUCUCACAGAUAGUUCUGUCUAUGACGGUUCAUUUUCUUACGAGCACCAAAGUUAAAUUGUUAAUAAUCAAAAAUCCGUCAAAGCUCAUGUCCAUCUUCCAGAAUGUAUUCGUUUGGCUGACUUCGCUGGCGAUGGUCAUAUCUUUUUAUUUAUCAUUAAUCUCUUCGUCAGCUCCAUCAGUGGCCAGCGAUUCAUCAAAAUCCACAAAAAAAAAGUUUGCUUAUAUUCCAUGCGAUUGCAAGAAUCUCACUUUUGAUAGAUGGUUUGAGGUGUACUUCGUACCGUGGCAUGUAUUCAAGUUAUUCAUCAUUAUGUUCAUCUAUCAUUGUCUGGCGCACUCAGUACUGUGGCUCUUACUCCGUCGUGAACUACAAUAUAAACAUAUCAGCAGACUAGAGAGGAUUUUGGAAAGGGCCGAGGACUUGGCAAAUAACAACAGAAAUAAAAGCAAAGCUGUUAGCAGCACGAAUGAGGACAAAGUCAUUGAAAAUAAUGAUCAAAAUGAAUGCGAAGCCAUUGACAAAGAUAACAAAGACAGCCCUAUUGGCAAAGUUUCUAGCGGCCAAAGUAAUAAAAACGGUAAAGUGUUGUGUUGCCUUUUGCCUGUGUUUUCUAAAGAGGUAAUUCAGGUUCAGAAGGCUGAGCGCCAAAAUAUUAAACAUACAAGAUUGGCGACAUUUAUCACUUUCACCUCCCACUUCGUGUUCUUCUUUUCCAUUAUGAACCAUGCCACCUUACAUAAAACGAUUUACGAAAACUCUUUCAGUGCAGCUGUUAGCCAAUUUCUGGAGCUCGCUUGUCUCAUCCUCACACCCAUCUACUUCUACUUUUUUGAUACAAAGUUUGCUGGAACAUUGAGAAAGAAAACUUGAAUUGGACCGAAGAUUUUCAAAUUUGUUCCUGCAAAAUAAAUAUUUGACAGUUCAGUGAACUUUUCCUCCUCCAUUUAUGAAACUUUUGAUUAUCAACAUAACUUUUUUAUUAUUACGAAUUAUUCAUAGUUGUUUAACGUGACAUUAAUUUCUGUCAAGACGUUUUUUUAACUCAGUCAUUUUUAAGCCAGGUAGUACAAGAUUUGCACAUGUUUGUCAUAUAUGUUUACUGAAAAUUUUGAUUUUAAGUAUGAACACGAUCGCGAAAAAUAGAUUUAAUGAGUUAAUUGAAAUGAUGUAUUAAGCAGACAUUUAGGCCGCUGUAUUGAGGUCAGAGAUUUGCAGAGUAUUUUGAAUUAACAACGUUAAUUCAGUUGGAGGAACAGUUUUUUGAAGUUUUUGUUGGCCUUGAUUGAAAGCUGUUACAUUAUUUUACUUUAAAAUUCAUUUCUCAAUCAAUUUGAUGCAUUGAUUGAUUAGUUGAUGAUGAACUAGUUAUUUUUUACUUUAAAUGUUUAUUUAAAGAUUUCAAAACUCUUAGUAGUUCUAGUUUUUUUUCUAUAAAAUAUAUGUGUUGAAAGAAUGUUUUGCACUUUAAAAUUGCGUGUAUAGAAAGUGAAUCAAUGAAUCAUUUUUUUUCUUUACGAUACGAUACGAUUGAU